UUCAGUAAAUCAGAUCCAUUUUUGGAAAUCUUCAGAAUAAAUGAUGAUGGCAGUGGAUCACUAGUUCACAGAACGGAGACGGUAAUGAAUGACCUCAGCCCGGUGUGGAAGUCAUUCAAGGUCUCUCUGAACACACUGUGUAGUGGAGACCACGACCGCCAACUAAAGUGCACAGUGUAUGAUUGGGACUCCAAUGGGAAGCACGACUUCAUUGGAGAGUUUCAGACCACCUAUAAGGAGAUACGCACAGACCUGGAGGGGAGACAGAUGCAAUGGGACUGUAUAAACCCCAAGUACCAACUAAAGAAGAAGAACUACAGAAACUCUGGCGUCAUCGUCCUCAACCACUGUAAGAUCAUAAAGAUGUAUUCUUUCCUGGAUUACAUCAUGGGAGGCUGUCAGAUCCAGUUCACAGUGGCCAUAGACUUUACAGCGUCAAAUGGAGACCCCAGAAACAGUUGUUCUCUCCACUACAUCCAUCCGUACCAGCCCAAUGAAUACCUGAAAGCCCUGGUGGCUGUGGGCGAAAUAUGUCAAGACUACGACAGUGAUAAGAUGUUUCCAGUGUUUGGGUUUGGAGGUCAGAUCCCACCUGACUUCAAGGUCUCACACGAUUUUGCCGUGAACUUUGAUGAAGACAAUCCAGAAUGUUCUGGUAUCCAGGGAGUGGUGGAAGCCUACCAGGGCUGUCUUCCUAAGAUCCAGCUGUAUGGACCGACCAACAUCGCUCCCAUCAUACAGAAAGUUGCUUCUUCUGCCUCAGAGGAGAUGCACACCAAGGAAGCUAUGGAGUAUUUCAUCCUGUUGAUCCUAACAGACGGAGUGAUAACAGACAUGGCUGACACUAGAGAAGCUAUAGUCCAUGCUUCCCACCUACCCAUGUCUGUCAUCAUAGUAGGAGUGGGAAACGCUGACUUCAGUGACAUGCAGAUGCUGGACGGAGACGAUGGGAUACUCAGGUCCCCAAAAGGAGAGCCUGUUCUCAGAGACAUUGUCCAGUUUGUUCCCUUUAAAGACUUCAAACAUGCGUCCCCGGCUGCGCUAGCUAAGAGUGUGUUAGCAGAGGUGCCCAAUCAGGUGGUGGAUUACUACAACGCAAAAGGAAUCCAUCCAAAAUGUCUGUCUGACUAUGACGAAUCUACCAGAUCCUUCAGUCCCUGAUCACACACACACACCCAUUCACGCACACAUAUAUUAAACACAUUAAACACACACACACAUUGUAAAC